UGGAGCUUGAUUGGGGAGCUGGAGCGUCUGGAAAUACGACAGCUGGGGAAUUGCAGAUCUGUUCUUAACAUAUUGUGUAGAGCGUGUGGAAAUGGCUGCUAAGAUAGCCAUGAGUCUUUGAAAUAUAUUCAGAAAGUGGUGGAAGCAGAAUCUUUAAAUAUUCUUAAGGCAGAGCUGGAUGGAAUAUUGGUAAGCAAAAAGACCUCUGCCUAUAAAAAGACACCUUUGAGUACAACAGUACAAAGGAAGAAAGCUGGACCAAAACCAGAAAUCACUGAAGAACAAAAACAGGAAAUACGAGAAGCAUUUGACCUGUUUGACACAGACGGCGCUGGAUCUAUUGAUGCCAAAGAAUUAAAGGUUGCAAUGCGAGCUUUGGGAUUUGAACCCAAGAAAGAAGAAAUAAAGAAAAUGAUUGCAGAAAUUGAUAAGGAAGGCACUGGGAAAAUUGACUUUAAUGAAUUUUUGGCAGUCAUCACACAAAAAAUGGCUGAGAAAGAUACAAAGGAGGAAAUUUUGAAAGCCUUUAGACUAUUUGAUGAUGAUGAAACUGGGCGAAUCUCAUUCAAAAAUCUGAAACGUGUAGCAAAAGAACUUGGAGAAAAUCUGACGGAUGAAGAAUUGCAGGAAAUGAUUGAUGAAGCAGAUCGGGAUGGAGAUGGGGAGGUCAAUGAACAAGAGUUCCUUCGAAUCAUGAAGAAGACCAGUUUGUAUUAAUACACUGUCUAUCACAUAUUGCUUGUGUUUCUUUCUUUUGCUCUAAUACCUGCUUACUGAAUAACAGGACAAUGAAUAAAGGCAACCAUAAUCUGAUGAUGUUAAUGGAAGAGAAGAUUGAAUGACUCUCCAUUGCAUACAAGAGGAGGAAGCUGGUUACUUCAGUAAAUUGUGUUUUACCUUCUUUGAGGUAAAUUCCAUUAUUUACAAUUAUAUUUACAGGACUGGGACAUAAAAGUGAUCUUAAAAAGAUGCAUCUUAUUUUUAUUUGUAUGGCUGUAAACAUGGUACCUUAAUUGUCAUUUUGCAGAACCACUUUAAUUUCUCCACGACUUCAGUCACUAUGAAGAAGUCUGUUUGUGUUGUUCAAACCUGUGAUCAUGUUUAGUAUAUUUUAAAUUUUCAAUGAACUGGUCUAGAUUUCUAGUUCUGGAGUUUAUUUAUACAAGACCUAUUUAAAGAUAUCGAGAGCAGCAGGUUGGAAUAAAGACAACUCUUAUUAGGUGGGAGCUAUGCAAGAAUUUUAUUGUGCAUUUCACAAAUCAAGUUGGAUAAAAUUUAUUGAGAAGUCAUCAACUCUGUCAAAGAAUCUUUCGUGGUUGGUACUCGGGCAUGUUCCUGUGAUACAAUUGAAUGGCCAAACAAUGAGACUAAAAGGAUAACUUUAAUCCCCAAAAUGGAUUUGGGUCAGUUGAGAAGUUGAAGUUUGAAAAUUUUCAAACACAAUCAAUUUAUCAAGAAUCCACCCAGUUCUAAUUUUAGUGGCGGCAGGACAUUGCAAGGGAAGAAGCUUUUUAGGUGGUUUGUGCCUUUUUUUAAACUGUUUUUGGGGCCCUGGGAACCUUGGCAGAUGCAAGGAUAUCAGCAGAGCAGAUUCAUAACGUAAACACACUAACAGCACUUUCUGUACUGCCUGGAGGUGUAGGGCAGUUUACACUGAAGCCAAAAAACUUACCUGCUUUAAGCUCCACGUUAUUAAUUCACUCCAGUAUCUAUACACUCUCCACUCAGCUUCAACACCCUUCUACACACGCACACGUGCCCAAUAGAAACUAGUACAUACAAACCUACUGACCACUACUUCUGCCUCCCUAUUCCUAGUGUGGAGUUGACCACCUAGCAACCGCCUAAUCCCAUCAAUUCUGAGAAUCCAGAAAAUAUUGCUUGAAGGGGUUAAAAUGGAUGGCAGGUGUAGAGGCAGCACGGUGGCUCAGUGGUUAGCACUGCUGCCUCACGGCACCAGGGACCCAGGUUUGAUUCCCAUCUUGGGCGACUGUCUGUGUGGAGUUUGCACGUUCUCCCUGUGUCUGCCUAGGUUUCCUCCAGGUGCUCUGGUUUCCUCCCACAGUCCAAAGACUUGCAGGCUAGGUGGAUUGGCCAUGCUAAAUUUCUGUGUCCAGGGAUGUGUAGAUUAGGUGGGUUAUAGGGGGAUGGAUCCGGCUGGGAUGCUCUGAAGGUCGGUGUGGACUUGUUGGGCCGAAGGGCCUGUUUCCACAUGGUAGGGAUUCUAAGAUCUCAGAUAUCCUAAGAAAGGCAUUUUUUGCAUGCUCCACCAUCCACCCUCUCCAGAAAUGCCGGACAUUAGACUUGGCUAUUCAGCUGCCAUAUGUGUCAAUAGGUAGACCUCUGCAACAAAUAAGAACUAAUCAUGUGAAUAUCAGAUUCUGGUUUUGGACAACUGUGGACCUAUGUUCCAUGUUACAAUGUAGAGUUAAGAAACUGUAUGGCAUUGCUAUGCAUUUGGUGAAUUGGAUACCUCCAUUCUCUUUGUCAUUGUGGACAGUGCACCUGGUGGGGCUGCCAGUACAUCACACUGUUGUUACCAUGUCAAGCAAUCUUGCUUUCAUUGCUGGUUCCAGUCUCUAUAUCUUUGACCUGUGGAUGAAAGUUCAGAGGGAACAAGCUCCUCUUAACAGUCUCUGCUAUGACCUACUCUAGUUCAUUUGUGCCCUGAGAGUUACUAGGUCGUUUGCAUUUAUAUAAGAGGUCUAAUUGAUGUGCUAGGAUCAGCAUGAGUAGUCACAAUCUGUUUCAGUCCUCUCCUUGGAAUUUUCUGCUCUGCUCCUCUGCCAGAAGUUUGUGACCGAAGUGAACGAUUCUCAGUAAUAUGUGCAUUCGAUGGAUAUACUGAAGGUGAAAAGCAAGGUAUAAGGAGUAGGAAUGGCAUGCCUUUGAGGAAACUGGCAUAAUUCAUUUCAGGGAGAAUGGGUGGAAUGAAAAAGAUCAGAUGGGGUUCUUCGCAUUAAUAGGGGUGUGCAACUGAAGAUGAGAAGGGUUGUGUCAAACUAAUUCACUGAACAUUGAUGGAAGUGAUGUAAUGAGGAAUGCUAUGAAUGGAGCAGAAUUGAUGAAAGUUGCAGGGAGUGCGUUGCAGGCUUUGGAUAAAUAUUGCUGCCUGCUGACCUAAGGUUCCAUGAAGCAGUGAAUCUACAGCUCAUCAUUGCACUCCAGCUACUGACUUGAGGUGUGACAGGUGACCAUCCCUUUCAUUGACUUUUACCUUUUUUUUUUUUUUAGAAAGGAAUCCUACAAAAUUCUGUCUCUUUCAGUGGCACAUUGAGCCUUCAAGUACUUGAAAUAUGUCAUACAAUUCAGUGUCAAUCAACACUGCAGGUACGAAACCUGUUCUUCCUCAUUGCUCUUUCUCCCUCCAACUCCAAAUGCUUGAUUUCCGUUUCUUGGUUGAAAUUGGGUCCACAAGUACAGUUUUAUCCUAAGCUUCUGUGGAUAGUUCCAGUUACAAUAAUAUAAUUAUGGGAACCCAUAAUAAUUUUGAUAACCUUGCUAUCAUGAAAAUUAGUUUCUUUUACCGUUUUUACUUGGGCCAUGAAUCCCUACAAGUUCUAUUCAAUCAGGAUAUAUUAACACAGCACCAUUUAAAAACAGUCAAUGACAAUCUCUAAAGACCAAACCUGAGUAAAGCAUCGUUAAUUCAACUGGAAUGCUUUCCAACAUCAGAGAAGGGCUUGAAAUCGGAGGGUUUGUAUGGAUGUGAAAACAAUUUGGCUAUCAUGCUGGGAACACAAAGAAAUGACUUGCAUUUAAAAAGCACUUUACACAACAUCACAAAAUUCCAUAAUGUUUUGAAACCAAUUAAGUAUUUUUGAGGCGUAGUGGCUGUUGGAAUUUAGAAAUCUAAACCUUUUUAAAGUAAAGUGCAUCAUUCUAACCAGUCUGGCUUGAUGUUAUUAAUUAAUAACAGUCACCUAAACUGUCAAUUGUCCAGAUUUAUCAAAUGUAUUUUGGGAAAUUUUAAUUGGAAACAUUCAAUUUGUAUUGAGGUUCAUGAAAAGCAUCAGUAAAUUCCUUAUUAAUUGAUUCAUUUCUACAUAAGGUUUGAAUCCUGUUCUCAACCAAUGAGUUUGAAUUGUGGAAAUUUGUUUUCUUACAAGCUUAGUUUUCAUACUUCAAGAGAAUCACUACCCAAUCCUCAAUUAAUCUUUUAAGAUUCAUGAAUGACUUUCCUGGUUAGCAUGAUUAUCAUGUCUUAUUCAAUAUUCAAAUGGAGUAGUUAAGUUAAAUGAGUUUUCUAUCUCUGGAAAUCAGUACCAAAAUGUUAGCUGCUGUUUAAUCACUGACCCUUUGAAAUGAAGUUCCAGUUUGUUGAUUUAAAUGCAGGUGAAGCUGUGUGAUCAAGAAGAAUAACAAAAGUGUUAUCUGGGCCCUGUUGUGGCACAGUGGUAGUGUCCCUCCCACCGGACCAGGAGGCCAGGGUUCAAGUCUCACCUGUUCUGGAACUGUGUAAUAACAUCUCUGAUCAGGUUGAUUAGAAAAAUAGGUUAAACUUUUUUUUUUUAGAAAACCAAAAGCAUUGUACAACAUUGUACUGUUGUUUUGGCGACCACUGCAAUCAAACAUGCUUUAGAACUGCUUUGCUCCAAGCUAGCUAAGCUUGAUAUUCAACUCCCACUCCCACACUUAUUUUACUUUAUGGUAAACAUGAAUCUAGAAGUUGUGUCUGGUAGAGAAUGCCAACUUGUGCACUGUUGUCACAGUUCGGGGAGAGAGAUGGAGCAUUGUUUGAGGAAACUAUUAAUCACCGGUCGUCUUAUCUUGUUCCACUUGCAGGUUUUUUUUUGUGCAGAUUUAUAUUCCAUAUACCUACUUAGGUUUUCUGAUGGCCUUACCUGUUUUAAAGAACCAAGUGUCUGGUCGAGACCGAGAUCUUGAAUGUAACAUAAUGAGUGACAUCACCAAAGCAAAAUUAUUGUGCAAUGAUACAAAAUGUUUUAAAGGGUCAUAGUCUGAAGUACAUUUCUGCCAUUCGAUGAUGGCAAUUCUACAAGAGGCUGAACUAUGUUCGAAGCAUAAAAACCAUAGGAAAUUUUCUACUACACCAUGAUAGCAAAUACAGCUUGUCUUAGAUGUCAUUAUGUAAUUUGUACAUUCCAAUUCAUUGGACUUUUAAAGAUAUAGAAUCUAGAUCUCCAACAGUGCUUUUUAUUUUUUCUGAAGGGUCUAGGCCCAAAACUUCAGCUUUCCUGCUCCUUGGCCUGCUGUGUUCAUCCAGCUCUACACCUUGUUAUCUCAGUGCUUUUUGUUUCCCUUCUCUCCCUACAAUAUUUUGAUGAAAGAUUAUUAUUAAAAUUUACAGGCUUUCUGAAUUACUGUGACAAAAAUAUUGUGUAACCUUUAUUUAACUUUAAGUAAUUUUCAUCUUUAUAUCUUGCAUGUUUAUGUUUAUCUCCUAAUAAAAAGACAAGCAUUUGCA